CGUCGUCCACCGCCAUCAACGCCGCGCAAUUGGGGGGUCGAGCAUCACAAUGAGUGCACGAAUACCCUCACGGCGGCUUGGGCAGUCUGCCCUCGCCUUCCGCCCUCGAUCAACACACUGGACGGCCCUCCCCACAAUUGCACAGCGCAAUGCUUCCACCAAGCCUAACACCGAGACCGACCUGUCGAAUCCGCUGCUUGAGAAGUACCUGCAGCAGCAGGAGGCCGAACAAGCAGCAGCGGAGACCGCCCAGCCCGAGCAAGAAGGAAAGCCGCAGAAGAGGCCAACGACCACACUCCGCGAUGGCGGCUCGUACACCGUCCCCUCACCCCUGUUCAACCCCGAGCGCUUGAUUCCCGGAUACCGCAAAGACGCUCCCCCAGCGCAGAAGGCAGCCUUGAAGGCACAGGCCGAGCAGAGGAGAUUGGCAGUGCAGAAGGAGGAAGAGAAGAGAUUACUCGGUGUGAACAUCGACCCUGCGCCCGCCGCACGCCGCAGCCUCGAGCGCAAGCUUGUAAUCAAGGGCGUCAGCAAGCACGGCCGCAUGAGCAAGGCCGCGAAAAUAGCCCGCACCGAGCGCUCGUCACUGUACAAGUCGCAGUUCCUUCCAACCUCGGUCAAGAAGGUGACCAAGAUCCUGAGACAGAUCCAGGGCAAGACCGUCUCGGAAGCACUCGUGCAACUGCGCUUCUCACCCAAGAAAAUCGCACGGGAUAUCUACAAGGGUCUGAUCAUCGCGCAAGAUGAGGCGAUCGCGGGGCGUGGUAUGGGACUGGGCGACAAGAAUGCGCUGAAGAAGUGGAUCGAGCAGAGGAACGAGGUUGCCUCCACAUUGGCAAACUUGGAUGAGAAAACACCAAAGACGAAGGGCGUAAAUCAGGUCGUCGAGCUCAAGGACGGGAAAAAGAAGCUGGUCAAGGAUGCGACGGAGAUCUACAUCGACCAGGCGUGGUGUGGGAGGGGCGAGAGCUGGAAGACCCCCGAGUUUAGGGCGAGAGGAAGGGUGAACAUGUUGACACAUAGGACGACCAGUUUCUCGUUCCUCCUCAAGGAAGAGAAGACACGGAUGCGCAUCUCAGACGAGAUCAAGAAGAAGCGCAACAACCGCAAGCUCUGGGUCGCCCUGCCCGAUCGACCAGUCACAGCGCAGCGACAAUACUGCCUGUGGUAGAUGUAUGAUUGCAAUGUACAACAUAGGGAGAGAUGUGUGGAUAAGCAUAGAACAGCAUGAGCUCACGAGCUUGUAUAACAUAUUGAAC